AACUAUAAUCAUAAGCAUAGAAAACACCCCCCCUUUUUUUUUUCUUUCUGCAUUUAUACCCCUUCCUAGUGUUUCUUUAUUCUUCAAUCUCUCUCCCGCUCCUAUUUUCAAUCAAAACCAUUUUCAAAGCUCUGUGUGUGUGUGUGUGUGUGUGUGUGUGUGUGUGUGUGUAAUUCAGUUAUCACUAUGGCUUUAAAAGUGACCCAGUAAACCAUAGCAGUUUCCCUUCACAAACCCCAUCAUCACUUUGUAUAGCUCAAAAACAAAUAUGGCUUCCACCAUCUCUAUGCCACCAACUGACCCUUCUUCUUCAUCUACAGAAGACCCAGCAGCUAAAGCCGUCAACAAACGGUACGAAGGGCUCAUCACGGUUCGAACCAAGGCUACUAAAGGCAAAGGAGCUUGGUAUUGGGCACAUCUCGAACCGAUCCUUGUUCGGAACCCAGAGAGUAGUCUACCGAAAGCGGUGAAACUCAAGUGUUCCUUAUGCGACGCCGUUUUCUCGGCCUCGAACCCGUCCAGGACCGCCGCCGAGCACUUGAAACGCGGCACUUGCCCCAAUUUCAGCUCUGUUUUAAGACCAAAUCCUUCGUUAUCCCCUUUGCCUAUAUCUUCAUUAGCUUCACCUUCGGUUUCGUAUCAUCAUAAUCAUCGUAAACGAAGUCCUUCAGCUGCUGUUUCUCUUUUACGAAACCAAGUAAGUAACAAUAAUAGUCAUGAUACCAAUAAUAAUAGCAAUAGUAACUCGUUGGCUAUAGUUGAGUCUACUCGUUUACUGAGUUACACGAGUCAUACUAAUAACAACAACAACAAUGUUGGGUUGACUCAACAUCAUUUGGUUUUAUCUGGUGGAAAAGAAGAUUUAGGCGCUUUAGCAAUGUUGGAAGAUAGUGUUAAGAAGCUUAAGAGUCCUAAAAUUUCCCCUGGUCCAGCUUUAAGUAAGGGUCAAAUAGAUUCUGCGUUUGAUUUAUUAGCUGACUGGUUCUAUGAGUCUUGUGGGUCGGUUUCGUUUUCUAGCCUUGAACACCCAAAGUUUAGAGCUUUCCUUAACCAAGUUGGGAUGCCGGCUAUUUCAAGAAGGGACCUUUCCGGUGCUCGGCUCGAUAAUAAGUUUUACGAGGCCAAGGACGAAUCCGAGGCUCGAAUUAGGGAUGCAAUGUUCUUUCAAGUUGCUUCUGAUGGAUGGAAGAGGAAAAGUUGUUGUUGCAGUAGUUAUACAAGUAGUAGUAGUGGUGGUAGUAACUUUGGAUGCGUGGAGGAGAAUUUUGUUAAAUUUAGUGUUAAUCUUCCGAAUGGGAGUAGCUUGUACCAGAAGGCAGUCUUCACCGGUGGACCGGUGAGUACCAAGCAAGCUGAGGAGGUUUUGUGGGAGACGGUAAUGGGGAUACCGGGAAAUGGUGUUCAGAAAUGUGUAGGAAUUGUUUCAGAUCAUAAGGUGAAGGCAUUGAAGAAUUUGGAGAUUCAGAAUAAUUGGAUGGUUAAUCUUUCUUGUCAGCUUCAAGGUUUCAUUAGUUUGAUAAAGGAUUUUAGCAAAGAGCUUCUUCUUUUCAGGACUGUCACUGAGAAUUCCUUAAAGCUAGCGAAUUUUGUAAAUAAUAAUUUGCAAGCUAGGAACAGCUUUCGAAAGUAUAAGAUGCAGGAGCUUGAUUGUGCUGGGUUGAUACGAGUUCCUUUCAACGAAUGCCAUUGCAGCAGUAACAUUGCACAUGUUUUUGCAAUGUUGGAGGACAUAUUGAACUGUUCACAAGUGCUUCAGAUGGUUGUAUUGGACGAUUCUUACAAGGGGAUCUGUAUUGAGGAUCCAGUUGCGAGGGAAGUUGCCAGUAUUGUUCAAAAUGAAGGGUUUUGGAAUGAUUUAGGGGCCGUUUAUGCACUGGUGAAGUUGAUCAGAGGUAUGGCUCAUGAGAUUGAGGUGGAGAGGCCGUUAAUCGGGCAAUGCCUCCCUCUUUGGGAGGAGUUGAGGGUCAAAGUGAAGGAAUGGUGCGCCAAGUUCAACAUUGCCGAAGCGCCUGUUGAGAAAAUCGUUGAAAAGAGAUUUAGAAAGAACUACCACCCCGCAUGGUCAGCUGCAUUUAUUCUCGAUCCGCUUUACUUGAUACGGGAUACCAGCGGAAAAUACCUUCCACCAUUCAAGUGUUUGACUCACGAGCAAGAAAAAGAUGUUGAUAAACUCAUAACUCGUUUGGUUACCAAGGAAGAAGCACAUGUUGCACUGAUGGAGCUCAUGAAAUGGAGAUCAGAAGGGUUAGAACCACUUUAUGCUCAAGCCGUUCAAGUUAAACAACGGGACUCUGUGACCGGAAAACUGAAGAUCGCUAACCCCCAAAGCAGUAGGCUGGUAUGGGAAACUUGUCUUAGCGAAUACAAAUCAUUAGGAAAGGUUGCAGUGAGGCUUAUCUUCUUACAUGCAACAUCAUGCGGGUUUAAACGUAACUGGUCUUUGAUGAAGUGGAUUUGUGUACACAGACACUCACGGAUAGGCCUCGAAAGGGCUCAAAAAAUGAUAUUCAUUGCAGCUCAUUCGAAGCUCGGCAGGAGGGAUUUCUCCAACGAGGAAGAAAAAGACGCGGAUCUAUUUAUGAUCGGCAGUGAGGAUGACAUCCUCAAUGGAGUCUUUACAGAUGCACCAUAAGUGUAAUGCUUUUUUUCUUUUAACUCUUUGUAGAAUUGUAAACUUUAGGAUUUGAUCGAAUUCUUUCUUCAAUUGUCUUUUAUUUUUGUCCAUCUUCACUUCUGUUCCAAUUUAAAAAUCAGGAAAAAACAUAUAGAUAGUGAUGUAGUAGCUAGAGAAUGUUUGUUAGAAAUUUCAAUGAUUGCAUGAUUUGAAUGAAAAUAACCACUUUAUUGUC